CUGAUUCUAUAGCUCUCAAAAAGGAAAAGUCCGUAUUGUCUCAGGACUUGGAGAGAUACUCCGAUAAUGACGUCUCCGAUGACGGCUCUCUGCAUGAUGUUGUUCAGACCGAACAUCUUAACAGAGCCUUGAAAGCCCGUACCAUUAAUAUGAUUACCAUUGCCGGUGUUAUUGGUAGUGGUCUUUUCUUAGGUACUGGUAGAUCUUUGGCUACCGGUGGUCCUCUUUCUCUUUUAUUGAGUUAUGCCAUCGUGGGUUUGUUGGUUUUCUUCAUGAUGCUUUCGUUGGGAGAGAUGUCAGUGCAAUUCCCGGUGUCUGGUUCCUUCACCACUUACGCAAAGAGAUUCGGAAGUGACUCGCUUGGUUUCGCCAUUCUCAUCAACUACUGGUUCAACGAUGCCUGCUCAGUUGCCGGAGACCUUACUGCUAUGCAACUUAUUAUGGCUUACUGGACUGACUUCCACUGGUAUGUCAUCUCCCUUAUCUUCUGGGUAUUUCUCUUGUUCUUGAACGUUAUCCAUGUAAGAAUCUAUGGUGAAACCGAAUAUUGGUUGGCUUUGCUUAAAGUUGUCACGAUCAUCAUCUUCUUCAUUGUUAGUAUCAUUGUUAAUGCUGGUCACAAUAACCAACACGAAUACAUUGGUUUCAAAUGGUGGAGUCACGGUGAUGCACCUUUUGUCGAUGGUCUCAAGGGAUUCACUUCUUUGUUUGUGUCAGCUGCUUUCGCAAUGGGUGGAUUGGAAUCGGUUUCCCUUACUGCUGGUGAAACUGCCAACCCUAUUAAGGUCAUUCCAAAGACGAUUAAGGCAACCUUCUGGCGUAUUAUUAUUUUCUACUUGUUCACCGCCUUCUUCAUUGGAAUGAACAUCCCAUACGACUACCCAAAUUUGGCUACCAAGAGUGUUGCCACUUCUCCAUUCACUCUUGUUUUCCAAAUGGUGGGUGCAAAGGCUGGUGGUGGUUUCAUGAAUGCCGUGAUCAUGACCUCGUUAGUCUCUGCCGGUAACCAUGCCUUGUUUGCUGGUUCCAGAUUGGCAUUCAACUUGGGUUCCCAAGGUUUCUUUCCUAAGAUCUUUACCAGACUUAACAGAUACCAAAUUCCAUACGUCGCUGUCAUUUUCACUUGGCUCGCAGGUGGUUUGUGUUUCGGUUCUUCCUUCAUUGGAGCCGGUACCUUGUGGUCUUGGAUUCAAAGUAUUGUUGGUCUCUCCAAUUUGAUUUCAUGGUGGGUUAUUGGUGUUAUCAGCAUUCGUUUCAGAAGAGGUUUGGCCAAGCAAGGUAGAACGGACGAACUUUUAUUCAAGAACUGGUCUUAUCCUCUCGGACCCUACUUCGUUGUUAUUUUUGGUGGUUUCAUUAUCUUGAUUCAAGGUUGGUCUACGCUCAAGCCCUUCGUUGCUGCUGACUUUUUCCAAUCCUACAUCGAAUUGGGUGUCUUCCCAGUCACUUUCAUUUUCUGGUGGUUAGUGAAAAAGGGUAAGGACAGAUUCGUGAAGCUCGAAGAGAUGGACUUCGACACCGACAGAUACUAUGAAAGCAAGGAAGAGAAGGAAGAAGAAAGAUAUGCACUGACCUUAAAAGGAUGGCAAAAAUUCAGAUACGGUUUUGCUGAAAACUUCUUAUAGUUAUGUUACCAAGAACCACCUAAUGAACUUCAUGAUUUACAUUUAAUUCCACCAUUUCACUCUAAUAUUUAUGUAUUAAUGCAUUUAUUUCGUCA